AUGACAUUGCUGACGCCUUGUCUCGUUUUGCAGAUGACCCGUUUCAAGAAACUCGCCCCUGGUGCAGAUCAGUUUUCCAUACAGAGUCCCACCUAUGGAGGAGGUGUUAUGGAGCUCGAAGCGGUAGCACAGUCUUUGUGGAGCAGUUCAGUGGCACAACGCACAAAGGCAGCAUAUGAAACAGGAUUUAGAACAUAUCUCAAUUUCCUGUUAAUGCAGGGAAUCGUUGCUGUUAUUUUACCACAGCAAGCCCCUCCAGUCACAGAACAACUACUAGUCUUGUUUGUUGCCUAUUGUUACCAGGUGUUAAAACUGAGUUAUACCACAAUUAAAUUAUACAUGUGUGGCAUCAAAUACAUGUGUAUGCAGUUCAGUAACUGUCCAGAGUUUUUCUACAAAUCUCAAGUUUCCCCUCGACUUACAGUAGUCCUCAAUGGUGUUAAGAAAGUACAGGGAUGUACAACAAAAACAAGACUCCCAAUUACAGCUGACAUUCUAGCACAGCUUUGUGCUAAAUGGAAACAAGGUUUUCUUGGAGAGUUCACCGAUCUUCUUAUGGAAACAGUAUGUACAAUAGCCUUUUUUGGAUUCCUUAGGUGCGGUGAAUUCACGUGUACACAGAAGUUUGAUCCCAGGGUAAAUUUAUGUAUAGGUGAUGUGUGUAUUAAGGAUGAUCAUAUUGAAGUGCACUUGAAAUCGUCAAAAACAGACCCUUUCCGUAAAGGGGUAAAUGUGUGUUUAUUCAAAAACAAAGAAAGUAUAUGUCCAUUUGACAGUAUAUCUAGGUACCUCAGUGUGCGAAAUGUUUGCAACUGCUCAUCCACGUGA